UUAGAAAAUAUUAUAUAAAAAUAAUGGCCCGUUAAAUGGACCAGAUCUUGUUCGUACCAAAAACGUCCUAACCCACGACCAAAAGUAACCUACAUCAAAAUUAACCGAACAAAAAUGACCCGACUUAAACUACUUCCCGAUUAUUUUGACCGGUCUAUAGGUAACCAAUAACUGACGGACAAUAACGCAAGGCCGAAGCAAAAUCAGUGAGCUGUCUUCACUCAACAGCUACUCUAAAUACCAGUAGUUUUAAAAGUGCUUACUUUUUCAACUUCUAAUUGUAUUUCUCUCCCCUCUGCUACAAUUUUUAAGGAAAAAAAACAAACUGACAAAAAAAUAAAUGAAUGUGCCAUAAAGAAAGGGAGUCUUGCAGAGAGAGAAUAGAAGUAAGGAGUAUGAGUACUUUUAAGACGGUGCUGGAUUUUCUUCUGGUCUAAUUUCUCUUUUUGUUUUCUGAUUUUCGUUGCCAUGAAGAUUUUUUGUUGGAGGCUUUUCUGGAUUUUCUGAACCGAGAUUAACUGCAUGCUGUUCAUAGCAGCCAUCCCUUUUAUCUAGCUGCUGCUGUUUUAUUAAACGAAUCUCGAGGGGAAGAUGUCUACUGCCAAAAUAAUUUUUACAUACAAGCGGAGGCGUUUGUCUUCACGCUCCGGUGUUGACCACGGGGAUGUAUGUUCUGAUUUUUCGUUGGAUGUUAAAGCGAAUAAACACCUGAAUGUCACCAACGAGACAAUCAAGAUCCCCGCGAAAGAUUUGAGGAUAUUAGAGCAUGUCAGUUGCAAUGAUGUGGACCUCUCUACAGGUAGCUGUCAUGAGACAUUUGAUAAUCAGUACAUAGAUUUCCAGUUUCAGCGUGUUGGUCAUGGGAAAACGGCGGCAGCUUCUUGUUCAUCUGUUGGAUUGUGUAAUUCAAGUGCAGUCUGUGGAAAGACUGAUACUGAUUUGACUAACACAAGAAAAAUGAUCGUUGACUCACUUGAGUUGCCUGUUGACGAUACCUUCAAAACAUCAGGUAAAUGUGAUUCUGUGAGAGCAUCACUUGGGGAAAUCACAAGCUCUAUCAAGAAAAUUUCUUGCUUACUACAUCCGAGUACUCUGGAAAUUGAGGAGCAUAUGCAGGGUGGUUCAGUUUUUCAUUCAGCAGAGAAGAAUUCCCAGACAAUUUCUAAGCAGAGUAAUUCAAGUAAAAGUGAAGUUGUAAAAGGCACAGCUGUUCCACUUCGUACUUUUAGCAGAAGGCUGAAACGAAAAGUAGAUAAAUGUGGUACAGGCUUGUUUGCUGAGCCACCACUUAGAGAAAAAGACGCAGCAAUUGAAAAGUGCGACUCUGUGCCUAUUCCCUCUUGUACAUGUGAAGUGGCGUCCAAUGAAAGCAAUCUAGUUGAUAAAUCUCAGGAUUUGAAGGUGGAAAAUAAUGGUGCUGGCACAAUGGAUAUGCUUUGUCAAAGCUGCAAGAAAAUCGUUAGCAGUGAGAUCGGGGAGUCUUCAUGUCCUUGCAGAUGGUCUUGUGCAGGAACGCCAAUCUUAAAGCAGACAGAUUUAACAAACAAAUCAAGUGAAGACUUGGUUUCGGCUACCUCACCUGUUAUAAAACAAACAACAAUCAAAACAUCAGGAUCAAUUGAUUCGUCUCUUCAUUAUCCUGGUGGAUUAGGGAGUACGACUAACCUUCCGAAGAAUGAUUUUAGGUGCUCAUCAAAUGAUGGUACUGUGGUUUCCUGUCAUAAUGUAGUCAGUAAAACUGAUGAGCAGCCUGUGUCGCAACAACUUCGAGCUUGUAGUGGAGACUCUCAGGUCACAUCAAGCAAAUCCUCAGACUUGAAUAGAGGUGCUGAUGAGAUAAUGGAGCAUAGGUCUCACUCAAAUUCUUUGGACCUCUCUCUUCCUCCACCUGGUGCUUUUGUAAUAGACUGUAAUUUGGUCCCACAAGAGGUUUCAGAUGAUGUUCAUGAGUCCGCAACGACUAGAAAUAAUACGGUUAUGCAAGAGGGGUGCAUGAAGAGCAAGGGUCUUGAAUUGUUUGGGGAUACAAACAUGCAAGUGGAGGAUUCACUCGAUAGCUCAAAUAAGAUGGAAAUCAAACCUAAAACCAAAUAUCUGCAGUUAUUUUCAGAAGAGCGAAAAUCUGGUGAACUCACUACGCCAAAUACACAUCCUAAGAUUGGUCACAACAAAGCUCAUCAAAUGGUCGAGUUAAGUCUACAUAGCCAAAGUCUUCAGCUUGAGCAAUCCUCUUGUAAAGCUUCGUCUGAUCUUGGGUUAUCCCUGCCUACAGAACGGAUACUUGAAGGUCGAACAUUUAAGGAUGGGCCCACGGUACCUCAUUUCCAAAACCCUAAUAUGAGAUUAUGUGAUUUCAAACCGAACCCAGUUAUGCAACCGUUUCUUGAACCAGCUUCUUUCAGACACAAAUUACUACUUGAGAGUAUUAAUACAAGAGCUACUUCUCUCAUGGGGAAUAGAAACAUCUCACUGGAAAUGUUUGAGCCAUGCCGAAGCUGGUCAGAAGAGGAGUUGGAUUCUCUUUGGAUUGGUAUCAGACGUCAUGGAAGGGGUCAUUGGCGUGCUAUGCUUCUGGAUCCAAAGCUGCGGUUCGCUCCAUGGAGAUUGGCUGGAGAGCUCGAGGAACAGUGGGAACGAGAACAGUAUAGGCUUUUUAGUGUGCAGCCUAUGCCACCAAGUAGAUACUUGAAGCCACAAGAAGGUUACAAUUUUCCUUGCCAUGGUCCGACAAUGUGUCCUGGAACUAGUCGUAGGAGAGAGAAUUUUGUGGCCGAGACUCAGCUUUCGCUAGGAGAUCUGUAUUCUCAGAAAGCCGAUGUCUCUUUUGGAGGCAUUGCUCAGAAUCAUGGGAUUCCUCCAGUUCAGAGGCAUGUAACAAUGGCGAGUUGUGGCAUAGGAAGUUACAGCUGUUGUUCGUUAAACAAUGUCCAAGCUAAUGUCAUGAUUAGAGGUACAACAUCUCCCCAUGGGCCAAGAAUGGCUUCUGGCAUGACAAAUUUACCUCAUUGGCUUAAGGAUCCGAUUAACACUCCUUUAAGGUCAUUGGAUGUUUCUCCGCCUCCUAUAUCUACUCCACAAAUGGGAGGAGUACAGCUUGUCCAUGCAUUUCCGGAAUCUUCUGGGACAUCUUGCAGGGGGGAGAAUGUAAUCGAUUCUGAACCUACUAGGGCAAAUCCACUUAACGGUAUAAACUCCGGCACCCCAGUAGCAAGAAAACCAGGUAUGGCCGAUAACCUCAUUGUAAUUGAUAGUGAUGCUUCAUCAGAGGAAACAAUAUCAGACGAUCACAAUCUUAGGAGUUAAAUAGUAAGAUCAUUUCAAGGUCUCAGGAAAUUUGUACAAAUGUGUUGGUAGUACAGCUAUUGCAGGAAGUGCUAGAUUGCUCAAUUUCUCAGUUUUGCUCCCCGUGUUUUUGUCUUGUGUGUUGAUGUACUUGCUAUUCACAUGUGAAGUGCUGAUUGGCUCCCAUAGCAGUGGUGCUGGUGCUGAUUGGUUCCAUUUUCUUGUAUGAGAAACUAUGCUUGUCUGAGAAGGCUUUGAAGCCUAAAAAAAAUAGUUAAGUCAUAGCAAAGUAAUAGAAUAGUUAUGGUUGUGCUGGGAGCAAAACAAUCUUGGUAAUUUUGUUGCACUUGUUAGUUCUAAAAAUUUCCUUGUUUUUCUUCUUAAAGAUUCAUUCUCGAUAGAGCAAAAAAUUAUAGUUCUUUGGUUUCUAAGUGUAAUGGUCUAUGCAUUUUUCAUUCAUGUGAAGUUAUGGAUGUUAUCUGCUAUCAUAAAUCAAUCGAAAACAACCUCUUUAUAAUCACAAGAAUAAGGUUGAGUACUUUCGGUAUAGUCAGAUCUUGUUUAUAUCUAAGUCACUUACACGAGUGCCUCCACAUCUGAGAUUGGGUUUGUUUAGCGCCCUAGUUGGCUUCCAUUUCUAUAUUGGAUCAAUUUCAUUGAUUCUUUGGAAGCAAGUGCAUUGUCAUUAAGGGCAAAACUACAAUCAACAUCAGAAGCAGUGUUGUCGAAAUCAAAGAUUUUUCCCACCAACAUGCAGUGAUGCAGGGCAUAUUGCAAUGAAGAAGAGUGAUUAUAAUAUUGGUGAAGCUCACUUGAAUUUGAAGAUUGUUCUUUUAAUUUGAGGUAACCUCUUGUAAACUUCAUCUUAUGGUGUAUGAUCUUUUAGCUGAUGAACUUCAGUCUGGUUUACAUGCUGUUUCUAUCAAUGCCAAAACCCCACAAGAAAUGAUUGCCAGGCAGCCAGAUUUGAUACCAAUGUUAGUAUAUAUCUUCCUUUGGGGUUCUUUUUUGUUUAUUGUUGUUAUUCACUUGAUUGCAAUAUAAUUGUGGUAGUGUGGGAGGUUAUGGCUUUUGACGUUUGGAUUGUAGACUGGAGCUGUUAGAGAGGAAGGAUAAGCCUUUUUAUUUUUUUAAAGCUAGUUCAGUUGAUUUGGGUGUUCUGUGCUUUUUAAUUUGAUGGUGUUGUGGAAAAGAAUGUAGAAUUAGUAUUAUUCAUUUAAAAUAUGUUCUCCUCGACUUAUUACGAUGAAUUUGAUUGGAACUUUCUAGAACCAAAAUAAGCUGAACUGCAUGGAACUUUCGUUCGUAAUCUGUUUAAAACAUAUUGAUUAGUGAAAAUUUGAGAGUGAAAGUGACGAUAUGACCUAUUUGGUUUGCAUCUCCUGAUUGGUUGCAACUUAUCUCAUUUCCUAUAUUGCAUAAGACAAUGGCACCAAUUGAUUCAAUUGAGUACAACUCAGUGAAGGGUGCCACAUACAACACCAGUUAAGUACGACUGAACUAUUCUCUCCGUCCCAAAGAUGUACAAAGUCAUUCUCAGUUGCCGACCUCUUGAUUUACUUGGAAGUUUGUGAAACUUCUUUUAAAUCAGCAUGUUUUGUGUUUAUAUGAAUAAUAAUAGUCUUUACUAUCACCAUCUUCUUUUUAGUUCAUGAUCAGUUGUGGGUUGUGGCUUUAGGAACACGCCAAGGUUUUUGUAAUAUAUAUCUCAAUUUCUUUGUAUUUUGAAUUUAAAUUUUUACUCGGGCGUGUUUUAUCAUUUAAUAUUAGGAACUAAGAGUUUCUUAUAGAAGUAUGAAGUAGAAGUAGUUAAAUUUUGCAACUUCACGAAAGCUUUCACAUGUGGGUAAUGUGUCUUGUAGGCUGUAGCAUUGUUUCAUAUAAUCCAAGACCUUUCAAAGCAGUGUCACAUGAUUCGUUAAUCACUUCGAGAAUCGCGAAUCGAAAAAAUCGAAUUAUGGUCGGUUUUAGGAUAUUUUGAACCAUUUUGAGCGAAUUGCAAUUUCGAAAGGUGAACUAACUAGCGAAUCAUGUUUCACUGUUUCAAAAUUUCAAUCAUGCCACUGAUCAAUCACUUCAGUUUUGGAGUGUUCUGUAUAGAUGUUUUAUGAAUCAUACAUAGUUGGAUGAUUGGAUCCACUUCUUUGAUUUUGUUUUAUAAUUGAAAGUUGGAAGGAAAUUUAAUUGGCUGCAGACUGAUCUGACAGUGGGGCAAUGCUAGAUCAUCUGUCUUCUAUGUUUACUGUUUGAGUGACCUAGAGAAACAUAGCAUGACAAUAUGCAGUAACUGAGCGGCAUUAGUGAGAAUGAUGGGGUUAUCUUAACAUCGAAUAUCAGCUAAAAAUGCGGGAUUCUUUCACACCUUUUACAAGACGGAAAAUAUCGAUAUGAUUUUCUUUAAUCUUUACAACACACCUUUCAUCUUAAUUACUUUUUCAAGAAUGUUCAUUGAUACUGUAUAUUCAUGGAUCUCAUUCUUGUUAUGAUUUCUUUUGUAUGCAGAGAUAAAACGAUAAGUUUAGUAAGAAAUUAUUAGCUGUUUGAACUCUGAUGAAAGAGUGUGAACCUGUAAUGUAAGGCUUCUUGUGCUUUCGUCAGAUCCUUAUUAGCCUUCAUGCUGAAGUCUAGUCGAUGAAACAACCGGUCAUACCAGAAUUUGGGAGCUUCUAAAGCCUAAGCUGCCCUGAAUCCUGACAGAGGUGAAUUUCUGAUCCUAUUAUAGGGUGAACCAAAAAUGCCUUAUCUCUACAUUUUUAAGUGUUGUAAUGUUAUCAUCAUAUUUGUGCCUAGCACAUCCUGAUCAUGAAAGCUAUGAUCAGGAUUAGAUUACGAUUUACGACAAACUCUAUUCUUACCAAUAGACCCUCGAGUCAUGACCUAGGCAAAUUCGAGUCUAAAUUUCAAGUGAAAGUUCAUGGUAUUGUGCACUAGUAAUUGAACGUUGGAAUCUUACUGUGUAGUUGUCAUUUCUGGGGGUAUAAUUCAUUCAUAUCUUACCCCACAACAAUGAUAUCUCCAAUACUUAUCAACAACCAAUAGAAAAUGUGGUUUGUUUUUGACCAUUUUUAUUUGACGUUUGCCAUUGAACUUCUAGACAAUCUACUUUUUAUUCUUAUCUAAGAAAUUUUCUCAAGUUGCUUCUAUAGAAUAUUUGAAACUAUAUCUGUAUAAUCUGUUAUGAACUAUUUGUGAUCUUGAUGUGACCGAUCAUUAGAAGAGUUUUAAAUUGAU